GCUUUUAUUGAAGCCAUGCUCUCUGCACACAACACCAUGCGCAGCUUCCACACAGGGACGGGGAACUUGACUUGGAACGCUGAUCUUGCCAAUGCUGCAAAGAAACAGCUCGAUACCCAUGUCUUUGCGCACAGCAAUCAAGGUUAUGGGGAGAACCUCGCAUACUUUUACAUGUCUCCCACCAACAACCAGAAUCCCAGACAUGCUGUUCAGCUGUGGUACGACGAGAUUAGUCAGUACAACUACGCUUCCCCUGGCUUCUCCUCGGCAACGGGACAUUUCACGCAGGUUGUUUGGAAGGGCACGACGCAGGUUGGGUGUGCCUGGGACCGAGGAUAUGACGACUACACUGCAAAUCACAGGUUCUUGACGUGUGAGUACUCGACCCCCGGUAACUAUGGUGGUCAAUUUGCGUCACAGGUU